AGCAAGAUGUCAGGGGUAGAAACAGCUUUCCGUAAAUUUGCAGUGUAUGGUGACACAGCUGCCAGUGGCAAUGACAUGACAGGGAAAAACUUCUCCAAGAUGUGCAAGGAGUGUGGUGUGAUGGAUGGAAAAGCUGUGACCAGCACUGAUGUUGACAUCGUCUUCAACAAAGUCAAGACCAAGGGUGCCCGCACCAUCACCUUUGCUGAAUUCCAGCAGGCCAUGAAGGAGCUCUGUGGAAAGCGCUUCAAGGGCAAAUCACCGGAGGAAGCGCUGCAGGCUGUGUAUGGCCUCAUUGAGGGGAAGGAGCCUGGCCAUGUAGGUGCCACGAAAGCCACCAAGGUUGGUGGGGUCGAGAGGCUGACAGACACUAGCAAAUACACCGGCACCCACAAAGAGCGUUUUGAUGAGAGUGGCAAAGGGAAAGGUCUUGCUGGCCGUGAGGAUCUGACAGACAACAGUGGCUAUGUUGGAGCCUACAAGGGAGCUGGCACAUAUGACAAGACACACUAG